AUGAUAUUUGGCUGCACAGUCCUCCUGAUUCUGAAGUUCUGUGAUUUGGAUGCUUAUCGCUCAGUCCAAACUGUGGAUGAAGCCCUAGACACAAAACAAUCAGAAGAGGCAGAAAGGACUGCAGCGUUACAUGAACUGGUUAAGAAAACCCAAAGCUACAAUGCAACCACCACAAAGGUCGCUUUGGUAAUGUCAAAGACACGCUCAGAUGACUUGAGAUGGCUUCGUGAUUAUCUUCAAACACAUAUCGAUAACACUCCGUUUAUUUACACUAUGGACAAAAAGCCCGAGACAGAACUACUCGUCGCACACUCUUCUCGCGGCCGGGAAGCCUCGGCCUAUCUUUCGUUCAUUGUCGACCUAUACGACGAGCUUCCCGAGUACUCGAUUUUCCUCCAUGCCAACCCCGAACAGUGGCACAACGAUCUGUUUGGCCCCCACACAAGCAGCGUUUUGCAUAGCCUGCGCCGCGAAGCCGUGGAUGCGAUGGGAUAUUUGAACCUGCGCUGUACGAAUAACCCAGGCUGUCCGACUCAUGUCAAUCCCAACAAUCCCACGCAAGCAGACAUUGACAAGAAUGAUGCGCGUGCAAAUUUUCCAACUAUAUAUAAAGACAUAUUUGGGGAAGAUGCGCAAGUUCCGGAACACAUUGGGGGUAUCUGCUGUGCUCAGUUUGCGGUCAGCCGAGCACGCAUCUGGCAGCGACCCAAAAGUGAUUAUAUCCGUAUGCUAAACUGGGUGAAUGAAAAGAGUGUGCCGCUUGUUGAUGACUACGGUGUCGGGUGGGUGUUUGAAACUUUGUGGCAUGUGGUGUUCGGUAUGGAGGGGAUUCAUUGCCCUCUCUACGAGCAAUGCCGGUGCGAUAACUAUGGAUGGUGUGGGCCCUUACCAUCAGGCAAAACUCUCACGGCCAUUGCGGCAGUAUAA